AUGGCGAUCGCAGUAACCAAGGGAACGGGGCCCGAUGGUACUGCGGCCCCGGGCAGUUCAGGAGUCUCCGUGCUUAUUGUUGGCUGUGGAUUCGGCGGCAUAGCAGCGGCCGUAGAAUGCCAUCGGAAAGGCCACAGGGUGGUUGUAUUCGAGAAGAACUCGGAGAUAGGCGGUCUAGGCGAUACCCUAGGGAUCUCGCAGAACGGCGCCCUCCCAAUCUACAAAUGGGACGCGGGGAAAGUCCAUCAGCGAGCCGCGCGGAUUUCCUGCAACUACGCGCGACACAAUAUCUAUAACAGCAAGGGAGAGUUCCUCUUGAGCCAUUCGAUGAAAGGUUACUCCGCUGGUUCAGGGUACACGGGGCGCCGCGGCGAGUUGAUGGGGGUCAUGUACGAGUACUUCCAAAAGCUAGGGCUGGAAGUCCACCUGAACGCCGAUGUGAGGGACUAUUUCGAAACCGACUCCUCUGCGGGGUUUACGGUCAAUGGUCAGCGCUGGGAAGCAGACGCGGUGAUCUGUGCGGAUGGUGUUCAUUCCAAAGGACGCCACUUUGUGCUCGGCAAACAGGAUCCUCCUCGCUCGAGUGGGUAUGCCAUUUAUCGAGCCUGGUUUGUCCCCGAGCCAUCGCUGCGGGAGAAUCCAGCAACGUCGUGGAUCCCACUGCCGGGCGAAGAAGACACGGUGAUGAACUUCAUUGGGCCCAAUGCCCACACGCUCAUCGCCACCGUGAAGCGCAAUCAAGGGAUUACCUGGGUCCUCACCCAUCCCGAUGAGUAUGACAUUGAGGAGUCGUGGACCCACCCGGCCAAGGUCGAGGAUGCUCUCAAAGUGGUGGACGGCUGGGAUGCGAGAAUCGCCGAGGUGUACAAAAUCACGCCGCCCGAUCAGUUGUUCGACCAUAAGCUGAUAUACCGCGACCCUCUCCCAACCUGGGUCUCCCCCAAAGCCCGCGUGAUCUUGAUAGGGGACGCCGCGCAUUCAUACGUCCCCACAUCUGCUCAGGGUGCCACUCAGGCAAUUGAAGAUGCUGCUACGAUUGCCAUCACGCUGGAGCUUGCCGGCAAGUCCCAGGUGCCACUUGCCUUACGUACCAUGGAGAAAAUGAGGUAUGAACGGUGCAAAAUUGGACAAGAAAUGGGCAUUGAAACACGCGACGUGUGGCUCAAAACGGACUGGGAAGAAGUGAAGAAGAACCCAGAGGUCCUGGCUCAGCCUCGACCUAACUGGUUAUUUACCCAUGACCCCCAGGCCUACGCAUACGAAGAGUUUGAAACGGCGGCCAAUGCAGUCCUAACGGAUUGCUCGUACCAGCCGCGAAAUGUCCCCGAUGAAGGUUCCAACCACCGUGCGACGGAUUUCGAUGAGGAGCGAUUGGCAAAUGGACCCAAGGCAGAUUUGAGUGAAAGCUGUGAGGAUGAUGGAUCGGUUAUCUAG